CGACAACUUCGUGCUCUCCUAGCUAAGAUGCGUGGCGUUUUUGGUUCGACAAGUGUUGCAGUGUUGCUGGUGCACGCUGUGUCGUGGUGGGUGGGUAGCGAAGCUGCUCUCCCAGUUGUGAGGGAGGUCGUGACCGGCACUAUUUUCCGCAAGGCGGGCUACCUGACAGUGGACCAGUAUACGAUGAAUAUUGCCGCGUCAACAGCUAUUGUGGAGAUCGACUUGCUGUCAAUGGAGACGGCAGACAACAAGACAUUCACCGAUGUGAAUGCCGACUGUGACUCGGCGUACAUCGAUCCUCAAGUUUACCUGUUCCAGAGGCUCACGGACGGCUCGCUGUCCUUGGUGGCAAGCAACGACGAUACUGGCGACGACAACAGCGUAUACUUCAGUCGUGGACGAACUGAUGGGUCAGUGUCGGCACAAGACUCUUACUUGAUCCGACAGCUCAGCCAAGGCACAUACGUGCUCGCUGUCGGUCGGUAUCCGCUGAGUCAAGCUGCCGCUGCUGCUAGUCGAAGCACCGACAGCGUGAAUGACUUUUCCCCUUACUUUUGCAUGGCACGCAAAGCCAGCUAUGGCAACUACAAGAUGACAAUACGUGUACAGUCAACAUCUACCCAGAGGUUCCUUACCAACAAGGCGAACUCGUACGUGGGCAACAGUUGCAGCGUGCCGUCGUCCGUCACUACGGAGUGCGUGUACGCGUUACCUGCAAACAUUGGCAGUGACAUUCUCAGGACUUGUAGCUACGACAAGACCAUUUACUGA